AUGUGGGUUAAACCGCAAGAAGUAUUUCUUAAAACUGCACUGUGGGACUGUGAUGAAACUACGUUGUAUUUUGUACUUCAACGGAGAAAAGGACAUGGCAAAUCAAAGGGGCUGUCUUCUCUUCUUGUAGGAACUUUAGACAGUGUAAGAGAUACUAAACCAGCGCCGUAUAGGAUAUUACAUCAAACACCUAAUUCUGAAAUUUAUUACGUAAUAGCAACAGCUUUAACGGAACAAGAAAUUAAACAGGACUGGCAGUGGCUGUUUGAAAAUGUUAGUCCAACCUUACACUCAUUUGAUACAGAGGAAGAAAUAACCGAGUUUGUGUGUUGUAAAAUUAAUUCACUUAUUGCUACAGAACAGGAAAGUUUUACUGAAGAUGAAGAUACCAUAAAUUACAAAAAUGUUGAUUAUAAUUUCCACCAAAGAUUUGGAAUGCCAAAGGAUGAAAAACUUGUCUGUUACUACUCUUGCAGCUACUGGAAAGGGAAGAUGCCACGUCAGGGUUGGCUCUACCUCUCAAUGCAUUACAUGUGUUUCUAUUCGUAUAUUUUUGGACGGAACACAACCCUUAAAAUCCGUUGGGCCGAUGUCACCGAACUCGUGAAGACUAACAGCCUGCUCUUCCCUGAUUCUAUAACAGUAGUUACAAGAGAUGGAGAGCAUUAUUUUACCAUGUUAUUGAAGAAAGAUGAAACAUUCGCUCUAAUGCAACAAUUGGCUAACAUCGCUAUGAAACAGUUGAUCGACGACAAAACGGGAAACUACAAUAUAGACAAGGAUUUGCUCACAAAACUAAGCAAAAAUGUACCGAAAAAGGCAUCAUUUCUAAAGCGUGAUCUGGACGCGAAGAAACAGUCCAAUUUAUAUACUCUACGAUUUCGCUUACCUCAGGUUGAGAAAUUAGAUGGGACCGAGGAGUGCACCCUGUGGACACCAUAUAAUAAACGUCAUAAUUGGGGAAGGAUGUAUUUGUCGCAGAAUUUCAUUUGCUUCGAUAGUCGGGUAGCGAAUUUGGUGAGGCUUAUAAUUCCGCUACGGAAUGUGUACCAAGUGGAAAAGGCUGAUUCCGGUGGAACGGGGAGUUCCGGCGAGUCUGGGAGCAUUCUCAUCACCACGUCGUAUCAUACAAGCUUUUUGUUUGGAAAUAUAUCUGACAGGGACUUCAUAGUACACAAGAUAUCGGAGCUAUUGGCCAAAUUGCCCAACCGUGGGGGACAUCGCGUUGAAGGGGAAUGGACGCCACAGCCUCCACUCAUGACUCUGUUCAAGACCCACCAGACUUCCAGCAUCAAGCAAAUACAGCAGAAGAAGGAAAAGCAGUGGGAGGAUCACAUGGCAGAAGUAGGGCGCGGCGUAAGUAUGUACAGAACGACAGAAGGAAGUGAACUGGUCGUGAAGGGUAUACCUGAAUCUCUACGCGGGGAACUGUGGAGCGUCUUCUCUGGGUCCAUUCUUCAGAAGAUCCAAAGCAAGGGCCUGUACGAGAAGCUGGUGAAUGAGGCCCUGUCUUCGAAGAACCAGGCCAACGAUGAGAUAGAAAGAGAUCUACAUAGAUCACUUCCGGAGCAUCCGGCGUUUCAGAAUGAUGUUGGCAUAUCAGCGCUUCGCCGCGUACUCUGCGCGUACGCAUUAAAGAACCCUACCAUCGGAUAUUGUCAAGCGAUGAACAUCGUGGCCUCCGUUCUCCUAAUAUAUUGCCCGGAAGAGCAGGCGUUUUGGCUUCUUGCUACCAUUUGCGAGACUCUGCUUCCGGACUAUUACAAUACCAGGGUGGUUGGUGCUUUGGUGGACCAAGGUGUUCUAGAAGAGUUGACAAAAUCACAGUUACCCGAUCUCCACGCAAAGCUGGACGAACUGGGGAUGAUGAAGAUGAUCUCCUUGUCUUGGUUCUUGACCCUAUUCAUCAGCGUGAUGCCCUACGAGUGCGCCGUAAACGUCAUGGAUUGCUUCUUCUAUGAUGGCGCUAAAGUUAUUUUUCAGGUGACUUUGACCAUACUGGACGUGAACAAGGAAAAGCUUCUCAAAUCCACUGAAGAUGGGCAAGCGGUGCAAAUUCUGACUGAUUAUCUCGAAGGCAUCUUCAACGAUGAAGCCAUGGCACUUUCCACUGAGCCAAGGACCGCUCAGAAGACCAUAAAAAUCCAAGAGCUGGUGUACCAGUCGUACCGGAUGUACGGGGCCAACGUCAGCAGCGAGUGCAUCGAGCACUUGAGGCUGAAGCACCGCUUGAGAGUGGUCCGGCACCUGGAGGACAGCCUCGAGAAGAACACCUUGAGGGCUCUGCAGCAGGACAAGCUGCUGGAUGCUAAUGAGUUGCAGGAAUUAUUAAGUGUAAUCCGCGAAGAACUCUUCUGGGCGAAGCGGGUCCCGGCUGAGAGACUGGAGGCUCCGUACGAAGCGUACAGAGUGGACUACGCGCAGUUCAAGACGAUCUACAUGGCCCUGUCCCCAUGGGCUAAGGGCGAUUACGCCGAGGCCAUUACGGCUAGAAUUUUUAAGCUCAUGGACCAUGAUGACGACGGUCUCGUGAGCGCCCGCGGCUUGUCGCUCGCCAUCGGGCUGAGCACGAGAGCGGAGGCUCAGAAACGGCUGCGUGCGUUGUAUUGUGCGCAUGCGCCUCCGCUGUUAUCAAAUUUGGAGCUGAGGUCUGCGCAGUUCACGGAAGUUGAGGAAUUGGCGGACGACGCCAUUUCCUUUUUUGACAGUAUAGAUCGGCCAUCCGAAUCUAUCCAGAGAUCUGUUAGUGACGUGGGUGAAGGACAAAUGGACAAAUCAACGGACAGCACUUACACCCCGGACGAAGCCCUAGCGGCGGAGGCUAUUCGCGUGUGCGCUUUAGGGCUCCCGCCCGGGGCUUCGCCGGGCACACCCCCGCCGCCGUCUCCGCCGCCCGCCCUGCCUCGCCCGCACUUCCUACGUCUACUGGCCGCCCUUCACGACCUCACGCAGUACUCCACGCCCUUGUACGAGGCUGUCGCUAGAGCAGAGACUCUGCUUCUCCAAUUGGGCGAAUUAAGGCACCGACCAAAUCUGGACCGGGAGAUGUCGCAAGACAGCUUGUACUUGGCGGCUGCCGCUCAGCCUUCGGCACUCGAGCCCGAUCGAAACGGCAACCUAGAGGAAGCGUGCGCGCAGCCGUCUCCUAGUAAAGACGAAAAAGACCCGACUGAGGAUUGGUCUAUCACGUUGGAACAAUUCUUAGCCACAAUGUUAGCCGAGGCGGACUUGGAGGAGUUCUUCAGUAAGCAGGUCUCGAUCUUACCACAACUCGAAGCUUUGAGGCAGAGAGAUAGGCUGCAAUACGUCUCAUAG